GCUGCUUAUCACCACUCACUGGCCCACUGUCAUGGGGUCAAGCCCUCCUCAUGACCAAGGCCCCGCUUUUGGCAACCGGCGUUUUCGCUGUGCAAUCAGUCCGCUCAAAGGCCAAUCUCGACAAGUCGUAUGGUUGCGAUGACGUGAUGCUCGCAGAAACCCACAUACAACGAUGACUGGUAGCAUGUUCCUCGGGCGGCCGGACGGCGGUAUAAGAGACACCUGCAGUCUUGGGCGAUGGAUUGUGUUCAAGAGGCCAGCGAAUCCGACGCUAUUCCACCAUGAGCGACAAAUUUUCCGAACUCAGAUCCCACUACAAGCACGCGGUGCAAGCUGAGGCACUGCUCUUCAACAACGGACGCCGUGCCCUUCGACUCGAGGUGCCCGAUAUCGGCAAGGAGUUUACGGAUGGACUAUACAUCGGGAAAGAUCCUGAGGGUACCUUCUAUUACAAUUAUGCGGACAACUUCGACCGCACGGGAAUCAAAUACAAGACAUACCGCUAUGUGAACAAGAUCGACAACAAGACCUGCGCAUGGAUCAAGUUCUACACCGAGUCGGAGAAUCAGUGCUUUGCUGAGUUUUUGGGAGUCGAUGCGGACGAGAGCGUGCGCGGAUGCAACAUGGAUGCCUACGAGGGCACCGGCUCGUGGAAAGACAUGAACCUCGGCGCAGUCACCUGCUUCAUCCGCAAGUACGACGACCAGAGCAGGAUCACGAUCAGCUGUCCCGCCAUCAAGGCCACCGCGACAAUUACCGACACGAACAACGUCCUGCGGGGCAAAUCAGUCAAGGUGGGAGGUAACCUGCAUUUCAAGGACAUCGACACGGUCAAACGCGGGAGAUACGCCAGCUACAACAACGAUCGGAUUGUGUUCUACGAGAGCACUGCAGUCAGCACGGAUUUCACCGCGUUCUUCGUCCCGUACGAAUCCGCACAGAGUACGCUGGAGGUCAGUUCGGCGAGCACUGCCGAGUUUUCCAGCAUCAUCGGCUGGGAGAACCCAGUUUAA